AUGCCUCACCACAAGGACAUGACGAACAUCUUGUCGCCAAUGGCGGACUCUUCUGUCAUGCAUUUCAAAAAGUUCAAGGAACAAGUUCACUCUCAACGCAAGAACACAGGCAGAGAGCUCACAAGGUUUCUUGAAACGAUAUGGCUCUUCACCGAGUCUGAUAUCAAAACAAUCCUGGCUCCUUCAGUCCUGUUCGCCAUUACAAACGGUAUUGCAUUAUCAUUACUGUUGCCAGAGUCAGCGGGAAUACCAUCACCAAGCGAGAUCUUAGCCAGGAUUCCCAUAAUAACAGUAUAUGUUUGGAUCAACCUAAUGGUUCUUUGCAUACAAAACCAAAAAAGCCCGGACGCUGUUGAGGAGGACAGGAUUAACAAGCCUACACGUCCCCUCCCGUCAGGCAAGGUCUCGCCCGACGAGGCAGGCACUCUUUUGGUUGCAUUCAUCAUCAUUGCAGUUCUUGGCAGCUACUGCCUGGGCGCACCAGUCGAGAGCAUAUUAGUUAUCGUCUUGGGAUAUCUCUACAAUGACCUCGAGGGCGCAGAACACCCCUUCUUCAAGAACGUCCUCAACUCGCUAGGAAUUCCUUGCUUCCCUAUCGGCGCUCUGCAGGUAGCCAUCAACCCAGCCCCGCACACCGCCGCUGCCCUGGCCGGCACGGGCCCCUCGGUUCCCCUCCUGCUCUGGCGCUGGAUCUUGGUGCUCGUCGCGGCAAUCUUUUGCACAAUCCACAUCCAGGACAUCAAGGAUCAAGAGGGUGACGCCUUUCGCAACCGCAAGACCGUUCCCUUGGUCUACGGCGAUUCUGCAGGGCGCUGGCUCGUCGUCAUCCCCCUGCUCGCCUGGUCCGUUGCCCUGCCUCUCCUCUGGGGCUUCACGGCCCCGACCGCGGCCUCCCUUCUGGGCCACGCCCCGCUGCUUCUCCUGGCGCUUGUCGUCUCGGCGCGCACUUUCCUCUACAAGUCGGUCUCGGCGGACAAGAAGACGUUCAAGAUCUACUGCCUGUGGCUGAUCGCCAUGUACUGCUUGCCGUUGAGCAGGGCGUUGCUGGGAGGUGAGGGGUUGAUGCUUGUCACCGCGUGA